AUGGGGCGUGGCCACGCUGGCGGGGUCGCCUGGCAACGGCGCGCGGCGCGGGUCCUCCCACCCGCAGGGCAUCGCCGUCCCAUGGAGGAGGAGGAGAAGCCCCCCCGGGGGGGGGAGGACCCGGCGGGGCCGGGCGAGGACGGGGGGGGGCCCGGGGGAGCCCCCCCAGAACCUGAGGGGGUCCCUGCGGCCCAGCCAGGGGCUACUGACCCCCCCCUCAAGCCCCCCCGGCAGCGCUGGUGUUGGGGACCCCGGCCCGAGGGCGGCCCGGUCUGGGAGCCCGCGGGGGGUCCAGGGGGGGCCCUGGAGCAGCUGCAGCUCAGCAGCGGGGAGGGCUCCCCCGAGGAGGAGGAGCUGGAGCUGGUGGCCGAGGUUCGCCUGGAGGAUCUGGGGGGGCUGGCGGCCGCCUCGGGGCUCCUGCGCAGGGAGCGGCCCUGGAGGGCCCCCAAAGCAGUUUGGGGGAUUUGGGGGGCCGAGGUUCGCCUGGAGGAUCUGGGGGGGCUGGCGGCCGCCUCGGGGCUCCUGCGCAGGGAGCGGCCCUGGAGGGCCCCCAAAGCAGGUCACCUCCCCGGCACCUCCUCCCGUCGCUGGCGCGUCCCCGGGGGUCCCCCAUCCCCCCCGGGCCCCCCCGCCGGCACCCCCCCGGCUCCUCCCCUCCCCCACCGGACCCGCCGAGCCCCUCCCCCCACCCCGGGCCGCCCCCGCCGCCCCCGAGGACCCCGAGCGGCCGCUCCGGGUGGGGGAGGGCCGGGGGGUCCCCAACAACAGCAGCGACCCCCCCAACCCCCUCCCGCCAGCCGGGACGAGCCCGGCCGCACCCAGCCGCCGGAAAAAGCCGAUUCUUCCUCCUCUUCCUCCUCCUCCUCCUCUUCUUCCUCCUCCUCCCGCUCUUCCUCCUCGUCCGCCUCCUCUUCCUCGGGCCCGCCCGGCCCCGCCUCGGCCCGGCCCCGCUCGCCUUCCUCCCUGGAUAUUUAUGAUCCUUUCCACCCCACCGACGAGGAGAACCCGGGCCUGGGGGGCGGCGCGGGGGCCCCCCCGGAUUUUGCCUCCUCUUCCUCGCCGGGCAAAGAGGCCGAAGGCCGGCAGGACCAGAAGUACGACCCCUUCGACCCCACGGGCUCCAACCCCAGCUCGUCGCGCAGCAGCCCCAGCCCCGAGGAGGAGGAGGAGGAGGAGGAGGAGGAGGAGGAGGAAGAGGAAGAAGAGGAGGAGGAAGAGGAGGAGGAGGAGGAGGAGGAGGAGGAGGAAGAGGCGCCGGCGCUGCCGGACGUGUCGCACAGCAUCAGCCGCAUCUCGGAGACCUUGGCCGGCAUCUACGACGACAACAGCCUGAGCCAAGACUUCGAGAAAGAUCCGGAACCGGGACCCCCAAAAACUCCCCCCAACCCUCCCGGCGCCGACUCCACGCUGCCCGAAGAGGAGGACGAGGAGGAAGACGAGGAAGAGGAGGAGGAGGAGGAGGAGGAAGAGCGCGAGGAAGGCUCCUCGGAGCCGCCCCGCGCCCCGCCGGAGCCGCGCCGCCGCGUCUUCGUGGUGGAUCUGGGCGGCAAAGGCCGCGCCGAGAGCGAGGCGCACCCCAAAUUCGACGGCAAGCUCUCCCUGGAGGUGGUGACCCCCGGCAACCCCAAAGCGCCCCAAAAUCCGCCGGCGGCGCCGGCACAAGGGCGCGGCGCCACCCCCAAACCCUGCCGGCACCGCGGGCGCCGCGAGUGGGGCACGCCGGGCGACUCGGAGAUCGAGGAGGGCGAGAUCGUGCAGCCCGAGGAGGAGAGGUUCAGCCCGCUGAGGAUUUUCCGCGGCGCCGCCGCCGCCGCCGGAGGAAGCGGCGCCGCCGGCCGAGGCCGCGCUGCGCCGGAGCCGCGAGCGCCGCGUCUCCCCGAGGGCGGCGGCGACGAUUUCCUGUCCCUGCACGCCGAUUCGGACGAAGAAGCCGAUUUCGGCGCCGAAUCCCAACCGGAUCCGCGGUGGAAAAGCGCCGGCGGUUCCUCCGGCGGCGGCUCCGACCUGAGGAGGAAAAUCCUCAGCCAGCGGCGGCUCCGCGCGCCGCCCUCGCCGCGCUCGCCCUCGGCCGCCUCCCGCAAGAAAUCCAAACGAUCCCGGGAACGCGGCGGCUCCUGGGUGGGCGCCAAGAAAGUUCCGGAAGCGGCGGCGGCGGCGGCGGCGCCGUCGAAAUCCAAGGAGCGGCACCGGCGCCGCGGGUCGCGCUCGCGCCGGCGCUCGUGGUCGCGGCGCUCGCGCUCCAGGGAGAAACGGCGCCGGCGGCGUUCCGGCAGCUCCGGGCGCUCCCGGCACAAGGAGAAACACCGGGGGGAGAAGAAGAAGAAGAAGCAACGCUCGAGGUCGAGGGAACGCCGAGGGUCGAGGAGAGACGGCGAGGGGAAAGCGGCCGAGAAGGGCGAGGCCUCGCGGCGGCGCGUGGUGCCGCCCUCGGUGCAGGAGUUGAACGAUUCCGACCUUUUUGCCAUCAAAAGAACCAUCACGGUGAACCGGCGCGCCGCCACGCCCGAGCCCAAACGGGAGGUGCUCUACGACUCGGAGGGUUUGAGCUUCGAGGGCUUCUCCGACCGCGAGCACGCCGAGUUCCCGGCGAGGAAAACCGAGGCGAGGCCGGCGCCGGAGCCCGGGAAAAAGGAGAAGGAAAGAAAACGGAGCCGCCCCGAGGAGAGGCCAACGGGGAGGGAGAAAUACAAGAAAAAAUUUAAAGAUUACGCCGAGCCCGCGGCGGUGGAAAGCGGGAAGAGCAAGGAGAAGCAGCGGGAGAAAAGCAGGAAAGGGAAAACGGGCGGCGGGCACAAGGAAGGGGCGGAAGCGGCGGCGCCCAAAGCGGCGGCGGCGGCGGCGGCGCCCAGGAAGGUGAAGCUGCAAUCCAAGGUGUCGGUGCUGAUCCGGGAGGGCGUCAGCUCCACCACGACCCCCGGUAAAGAUGGAGGAGGAGGAGGAGGAGGAGGAGGAGGCGCCGGGAUCGGGGUGAAAUUCGCCCGCGACGCCGAGAGCCGCGCGGCGUUCCUCAAAGCCGAGGAGAAAGCCGAAAAGGGGACCCCCAAAAACGACGGGGGGCAAGCUCGGGAUGGGGGGGCCAAACCCCGCAAGGCGAAGCCCCCCAAGGUCAAAGGAGGGGUGAAGAAAGUCAAGGUCAAAGCCAAGGGCGAGGCGCGCAAGAAGAGGAAGACCAAGGCCAAGAGCGGCGGCGGCGGUGGCGGCGCGUUGAAGAAAUCCAAGGCCGACAGCUGCAGCCAAAGCGCCGGGACCCCCCCUCUCCGUUUGCCCCCCAAACCCGAACCCACCUGGUCAGGCUCCGAAAAAUCCCCCGGGGGCACCCCAAAACCUCCCAGCCCCCCUUCCCCGGCCGCGGCCGUCACCCCCAAAUCGGCUCCGGCCCCUCCGGCCGCCGCGGCCGAGCGCGAGCUGACGCCGGACUCGCAGACGGUGGACAGCAGCUGCAAGACCCCCGACGUGUCCUUCCUCCCCGAGGAGGGGGCCGGGGGACCCCCCCAGGCCGUGGGGACGGAGGGGACGGGGACAGGGGACCCCCCCGGAGGGGACCCCGAGGCUGACAGCCGGUGUGAGGGGAAGGAGGAGGCCGGGAGAGCGCCGGCAGCGCCGGCAGCGGCGGCGCCGGGGGGAUGGAGCCUGCAGGGCGGCGUGGACUGCGCCACCAGCGGCGUGCUGGCACUGACAGCGCUGCUGUUCAAGAUGGAGGAGGCCAACCUGGCCAGCAGGGCCAAGGCCCAGGAGCUGAUCCAGGCCACCAACCAGUACCUGAAGAAGCUGCACACGCAGGAGCGGGCGGUGGAGGAGGUCAAGCUGGCCAUCAAACCCUUCUACCAGCGCAAGGACAUCACCAAGGACGAGUACAAGGACAUCCUGCGCAAGGCCGUGCACAAGAUCUGCCACAGCCGCAGCGGCGAGAUCAACCCGGUCAAGGUGAACAACCUGGUGUGCGCCUACGUGCAGCGCUACAAGUACUUCCGGAAACGCGGGCCGCCGGGGGGGGAACGCCCCUCCCCCCGAGGAGCCCAACCCCCCCCCUCAACCCCCCACCCCCCCCAAAAAGACCUGGGCCCCACCCCCUCCCCCCCACCCUGCCCCUCCCCCCGCUGUAAAUAACCCCGAAAUCGUCAAAAAUCGCCCCGAAAAAUGAAACGAUCCAACCCCCCCCCCCCCCCCCCCCCCGCGCGCGGAUGGAAUGGUUCGGUCCGGUGGAGGUUUUUGGUAAUGGAAUUUUCUGGAGUUUUUGGACCCGAAUUUUUGGCCCUUCCCCGAGUUUGGAAUUGGCCCCGGCGCCCCCAGAGAGGGGAGAUAAAGGAGCUUGGACAGCUGA